AUGGCACCAGGUACGACUACUCAUACACUGGCCUUCAUCCAAUUAAACGUUGGAGUCCUUAGCAUUAUUGGGCUCUGUAACGUUCUUGUCGGCCUUAUGGUUGCUGGCAUUUCGGGCGGGUUUACGGCUCUCCUCCUAGUGCCUAUUAUCGCCUCCGCUGCGUGUGCUCUAGCCCAGGGUUUAGAUUAUAUUAAGUAUACCGACUACCCGGUUGUCAAUAAGGCAGUCGCUAACGUGUUCGCCAAUCUCGGGUGGACAGUAAGUCUGGACUAG